AAAACAAGGAAAAAAGAAAAAGAAAAGAGAAGCAAAUCAACAAUGAAAUAUUAAUGAGAUAUUUUGUUUUACCGUGGGUAUCUUUAACGUAUAGUUCGUGUUAUUUCCCCCUUGGCAACUAGAGGCGAUGGGCGGGGCAACGGGCUGGUCAGAGGAGUGCGACCCUACAGUAUAUUGUGAGAACUAACAUACGUGUACUCUGCGCUCUUACUUCGAUCGAAAAAUACUUGGAUUUUGUUCUCUCAUCUGCUGAUUUGUGACCUUAUACGAAGACUCACCCUUAUAACGGUUGCCUGAACGUAAGAGUGGUCGCGAGCAAGCCUAGUCCACUUACUCCAAGAUGAACUACGCGGUGCCGCCCGGCCUCGAGUACCUCACGCAGCUGGACCAAGUGCUCGUCCAGCAACUCUACGAGGUCUUCGAGCUGCUCUCAGGUUGUGAGAUGAACAACAAGUACUUGCUGAAAAACAGUGUAGGCCAGCAGUUCUUGAAAGCAGUGGAAGACACUGAUUGCUGCACCCGACAGUGCUGUGGGCCAAUGCGCAGCUUUGAGAUGCAGCUUCUGGAUAACCAUGACCAGGAAAUAUUACACCUCAGUCGACCCCUUGCUUGUAUAAACUGCUGUUGUUCCUGCUGCCUCCAGUCAAUGGAAGUAUCGUCUCCUCCUGGAACUCCACUUGGCAGCAUACAUCAGGAAUGGAGUAUCUGCACACCUAUAGCAGGCAAAUUUACUGUAAGAAAUGUGUCAGGAGAUGUUGUGUUGAAGAUCCAGGGACCGGUGUGUGCCAUCAGCUGUGGAGAUGACGUAGAAUUCAAGGUUUUUACUGCUGAUGGAUCUGCACAAAUUGGCUGCAUAACCAAGCAGUGGCGAGGAUGCUGUGCUGAGGCAUUAACAGAUGCUGACAGCUUUGGAGUCACCUUCCCCAUGGAUCUGGAAGUACGCAUGAAGGCUCUCCUCAUUGGUGCCAUGUUCUUGAUUGACUUCAUGUACUUUGAGCGGAAACAGAAUAAUUAAAUGCAGUUCUGCCAGUCAUCUGAGACCAUCAUAAGCUGAAUAAUCUGGAGAAGUGAUUGCAAGUGACUAGAUACACUACACUACAAUGUAGUUCUUACAUUUUAAUUAUUUCAAGAGAUAUAUCUUAUACUGCAUUUAUAUACUUUCAAUAUGGCAUUGUGUUUAUGCCAUUCCUUUUUUCUUUUUCUUUUUUAAAGAAG